AUGUCUGGUAUAAUCACUUUAGAUGCCAGGGAUGCCGCCUCAGAUGCGGCUCAAGCUGCAUACAAAGCAAUGGUGGAGUUAUGGACUCUCUACUCGUUUGGGGUUGCUGUGACAUUGCUCCGAACAUAUGCUCGAGUACGGGCCGUGGGAUUUAGGAAUCUGAAAGCCGACGACUAUCUUGUCUGGGUCGCAAUUAUUUUCUAUACCGCACAGACAUCACUGGCAUACAGUGUUGGUAAUGUCGCCCAUGGUCUUGCAAAUAACAGCAUGACAGACGCCCAUCGCGCGGCACUGUCUCCUAGUAAUCCCGAAUAUCAGGCCAGGUAUGAGAUGGCCAAUCGACGAGCCCAUAAUCCGACUGUUGAGUUGGUCACUAACAAGGCGAUAAGAGCAAUUGGCUCUAAAAUUCAGGUCGCGGGAUGGACGACCUAUGUCCUUUUGAUCGGGUCCCUCAAAUUAUCUAUGCUCGCAUUUUACCUCCGCCUUACAGAUGGCCUAGGUCGCCCCUACCGCAUUCCCGUUUACAUUGGAUUUGCACUUGUUGGUGGAAGCAUGAUCGCCAGCGUAUUGACAAUUUUCACCGCAUGCCGGCCAUUGAACCAUUACUGGCAGAUAAAUCCGGCCCCUGAAAAUGUCUGCCAACCUGCUAUCUCCAUGCCCAUAAUUUGGGUGACCUUCGCCGCAAAUCUCGCCACCGACCCAUACCUUAUCUUCAUUCCUAUCCCAAUGCUUUGGAAAUCGAGUCUGAAGCUGUUAAAUAAGAUUGCCGUGACCAUUGUCCUUAGCGCUGGUGUGUUUGUGCUCGUCUGCGCGACUAUCAAGAGCGUUUUCCUCAUUGUGGUACAUCCCCACUACCGUUGCCCGCACGCACCACCCUCAUACCAAAGAAUCAUUCUGAUCAUUGCAUAUCUCCAGUCUCCAGUAAGCGGAGCACAGACAGCCGAAGAGUGGGGAACUCGAGAAACCUUCGUCGCCGUGAUCACCACCAACCUUCCCAUGAUCUUCCAUCUCUUCAAAUCCUGGCUAGGCGUUCUAUUCGGAAGCAUGUUCUUCCAAUCGACCCAACGGACAUACAAAACUCCCUCCGGUGGAUUCCGUAGCAUUGGUGGCGGCGACUAUCAAAGCCGAGAUCGCCGUGGGCCGCCAAGCUCGAAUCCUAUUACAGCCAACAUGACCUUCAACGAAAGUGAGGAGCGGAUUGUCGACAAUGUUCACUUGGAGGGUCUGAAGGUAUACGCUGGACCUGGCGGUGAAAACACGACCUCGAAUGCCGGGAUUGUAGUUUCCAGUCAGAUCGAGGUUACUCAUGAGGCGAGACGUAGUGCCAAUAGCGUACCUGUGCCAGAGCAAAACGUUCGUGAACCUUGGUAA